AAUCCCCCUGGCAUUAACAGCGUCGUCUUCGUUUUCAACCGACUUGGCAUCGUCCAUUCUUUUCCGACUUUAUUUGGUCUAUCACUCAUAGUGUUCUUUUUCCUCAGAGCCGUCGUCUAUACCGCUUCUGAUAAUGGGCCGCGUACGUACCAAGACCGUGAAGAAGGCUGCCAAGCUGAUCAUCGAGAAGUACUACACUCGAUUGACGCUUGACUUCCACACCAACAAGCGAAUCUGCGAGGAAAUUGCCAUCAUCCCUAGCAAACCGCUGAGGAACAAGAUCGCUGGGUUCGUCACCCAUUUGAUGAAACGUCUUCAACACAAGACUGUCCGUGGUAUCUCCAUCAAGUUGCAAGAAGAAGAGCGUGAGAGGAGAGAUAACUAUGUCCCUGAACAAUCUGUCUUGGAUAUGGACACUAUUGAAAUUGAUUCAGAGACCAAGGAGAUGUUGAAAAUGCUGGAAUUGGAGAAAAUCCCAAAGCUUCAUGUGGUCAAUCCCACACCAACUGGACAUACUGGUGGACAUGGUGGUCAUCCUCAUGGUGGUCAACGUCGUUAAAAUUUCUGUAUUGCCCAUCUCCUUGUUUGGUUGUAAAAUACAAUCUGGUAUCAAGGACAAA